AUGCUUCAACUUCGCUUCUGCUGGCCUCUCCUGUACGCUGUUCACCGCAGCUACCUUCAACGCCUCUCUUCCCAGCCCAGUCCUCUCUCCUCCCCCAUUCACGCGGUCGCCCAGGACGCACAGCAGCAGCAGCAGCGGCGGCGGCGGCAGAAGGUCUUGGUGAUUGCGGUUUGGGCUGCAGAGACCGGCUACUCGAAGCGACAGCAGCCCACGCGUGUCUCGGGCUCGUUUCUCGCUUCCUCGUCCUGCGAGAGACAAGGCCAUCUGGCCUUACCUACGAAAUUCCCUCACCGGAUGAACUGA